AUAAAACAAUCGCGACAAUUUAAGAAGCCCUGUAAUUAUGGACCAAUGAAUGCUGAGAUAUAACGCUAACACAUUAACAUACACACUGAUAUCUUUACAGCGAUCUGAUUUAUUGGUCACGUGUUUACAUCGCUGUACCCUUUCGAUGAUACCGAAACAGCGACACACCGAGAGCUCGUACUUCCACCAACUUUACGACAAUAAACAAAAGUAAUUUAAAAUGCCUACAGUCGAUUAGAAGGGAAUAAAGGAUUUCAAGGGAUCUUUCUUCACGGGUAUUGAAAAGGAAGACAUUUUUUAUUUGAAAAUACGGACAACAUGGGUUCGAGAGUCAUGGAUCUUACAACAGUCUGCCAUGUUGUGACCACCAUGACAGUUGUCCUUCUCGCUGUGGCGGUGACGUCAUUUGGUCUCCCCGUCAAUAAGAAUGGGGUUAUUGCCGUCGUCUCGUCACCGUGGGGGUCCAUGACGUCGCCCUCGACGUUGACCCAAGAGUUCCCCCGCGGUGAAGGCGUCGUAGAGGAGGACAACGAUGAUGAUGUCAUAACGACCGGAGACGAGGAUUUUUCCGUACAUCGUAAUGCCGUGAGGAACAGGACGAGACGGUGGCCCGGGGGCAUAGUUCCCUACGUCAUAGACAAGGCGUACCCAGAUGGUGAGUUGUGUGAAUAGACUAUCCAUGUCCUAUAGACAAGGCGUAACCAGAUGGUGAGUUGUGCGAAUAGUCUACCCAUGACCUAUAGCCAAGGCGUACCCAGAUGUUGAGUUGUGCGAAUAGUCUACCCAUGCCAUAUAGACAAAGCGUACCCCGAUGUUGACUUGUGCGAAUAGUCUACCCAUGUCCUAUAGACAAGGCGUACCCAGAUGUUGAGUUGUGCGAAUAGUAUACUCAUGUCCUAUAGACAAGGCGUACCGAGAUGGUGAGUUGUGCGAAUAGUCUACCCUUGUCCUAUAGACAAGGCGUACCCAGGUGAGGUGGUGAGUUGUGCGAAUAGUAUACCCAUGUCCUAUAAACAAGGCGUACCCAGAUGGUGAGUUGUGCGAAUAGUCAACCCAUGUCCUAUAGAAAAAGCGUACCCCGAUGGUGAGUAGUGCGAAAGUCUACCCAUGUUCUAUAGACAAGGCGUACCCAGAUGGUGAGUAGUGUGAAUAGUCUACCCAUGUCCUGUUGACAAGGCGUACCCAGUGUGUGACUUGAGUGAACAGUCUACCCAUGUCCCUUUGACAACUCGUACAUAGAUGGUGAGUUGCGUGAAUAGUCUACCCAUGUCCUGUAGACAAGGCGUAUCCAGAUGGUGAUAGUCUAACCAUGUCAUAGAGUCACUGCACUGUAAAUUUACAUAACGUUACCCAAUUCCCAAGUUCAUACGCUUCUUGUUAUUUUAUUAUAUAAACUUAACAUCUUGUAUUUGUAUCUCCCAUCACAUAGUUAUUUCAUUUGGGAUAGCGCUGAGGCAAGUGACCAGAAAGUUACUUUUAAAUUUUAAACCAUCACCUUCCUACAACUAAGAAUCACCAUAUGGUGGUAUAACAUAAAAUCGGACUGGGGGGGGGGGGAGAGAAGAGAUUAGUUGUAAAAUACAAAAGAUAAUGAUGUAUAAUAAAUAUGAUCUAAAAGCGUUUAAAUAAACUUGUGGAUUUGGUGCCAAUCUUUUCUUUAAAAAAUAAUCAAAGCUCCAUCUGAUAGCCGCCAGGGCCAGCAUAUUGGAAGCGUUGGCUGAGAUCGAGGCAGACGUGGCCAGUAACGGCUCAAAGUGCAUUCAGUUCGUGAACAGAACCACAGAGGCAAACUACCUGGAGAUCAGCCUUGGGGUCGGUUGCCACUCUUAUAUUGGAUUCACCGAGAGGUAAGUCCCGCAUUAGCCUUGUGGACGGGUGCCACUCGUAUAUUGGAUUCACCGAGAGGUAAGUCCCGCAUUAGCCUUGUGGACGGGUGCCACUCGUAUAUUGGAUUCACCGAGAGGUAAGUCCCGCAUUAGCCUUGUGGACGGGUGCCACUCGUAUAUUGGAUUCACCGAGAGGUAAGUCCCGCAUUAGCCUUGUGGACGGGUGCCACUCGUAUAUUGGAUUCACCGAGAGGUAAGUCCCGCAUUAGCCUUGUGGACGGGUGCCACUCGUAUAUUGGAUUCACCGAGAGGUAAGUCCCGCAUUAGCCUUGUGGACGGGUGCCACUCGUAUAUUGGAUUCACCGAGAGGUAAGUCCCGCAUUAGCCUUGUGGACGGGUGCCACUCGUAUAUUGGAUUCACCGAGAGGUAAGUCCCGCAUUAGCCUUGUGGACGGGUGCCACUCGUAUAUUGGAUUCACCGAGAGGUAAGUCCCGCAUUAGCCUUGUGGACGGGUGCCACUCGUAUAUUGGAUUCACCGAGAGGUAAGUCCCGCAUUAGCCUUGUGGACGGGUGCCACUCGUAUAUUGGAUUCACCGAGAGGUAAGUCCCGCAUUAGCCUUGUGGACGGGUGCCACUCGUAUAUUGGAUUCACCGAGAGCUAAGUCCGGCGCAGUUAACAGUUUCUGAAUGCAUACAUCGGCAAUCGAAUGGCUACAUUUCUUGUAAUCAACAACACAAAUAAUUGCACCAGUAAUCGAAUGGUUAGAGUUUCAGUAAUCGCCAAGUUCACUAGCCUCUAACUUUGCAACAUGCCAAAGACUCGUUAGCUCCAAUUGUUAACCAUCGAACAAAUGUCAGCGUCCAAUUUCCACAAAUCGUGCUGCUCGCGCCUCUCACAUCUCCACGUCAACCGAGUAUAGAUUGACGAACAAACGCCACCAAAUAAACGGAACCAGUCCACCAACUGUUCCACACGGCAGCUGUCUCCACAACAAGCUAGUUGUUAGCCGAGGUUACAGACUAAUCAUGGGUCUUAUUUCUUCAAUUGGCUGCUGACACUAACGUAGAGUAGGUCAUCGCAGAGACCGUGAAUAUUUGAAUUACCAAAUAGUAAGAACGAAUAAAUCUGAUGGGUAAAAAAAUUACACAAGUCAUCUUAUACAGUGCUGCCCAUAAAGAUAGUAAUGUGUUUACUAUAGUAUGUGUAUGGACUCAGUAAAAUUCUUAUUCUUUUUCUAACAUUUUCUCUUCAGGAACCCUUCUCCGAAGUAGAUUUUACAUUUCCAUCUAUCAAAGACGAGUUUAAACGCACUAAAACGUAGAACAUACUUUAAAAUGUAUUAAAAUGAAUUGCGCAUUAAAGAUAAUCUUUUUUUAAAAGUAGUAAAAAAAAAUAUUUGCUACUUUUUAAGCCUUUAAUCUGUAUAUUAACUACAAAAGAAGUAUUUUCAUUUUGUUUUAAACCCUCAAAAUCCCACAUCUCUCAUAUGAGAGCCCCUACCCACUCUUUAAUGCCGUUCACUGAACGAAGCAGACGCGAUAUUGACACAACGCAGAUGCGGGUAGACGAUCAACAGCGUGAAAAAGUCACCAAAAAAACGAUGGACAAACAAGAUGUUGUGAUGUUUACAGUGAACAAUUGGGUAUCAUCAAGGUCUGAGUCCAUCAUUAUAAUUAUACUCUAGCGAAGGACAGUUUCAGCGAGACAAGAGCAGACAAAAAAAAAUAGACGUGCUGAUAGAAAGAAAUGGCAACUCCAUUAGAAAAUAAACGGAUAAAAAGGAAUUAUGCAUAAAAUGUUUAAUGAUAAAAAAUCCUGAUGAUUUACUGCUUUUGUUUUCUCCACCCAGUGAUAACGGAGCAGUUGUAUCCACCCUAGGUCCAGGAUGUGAAAAAAAGGGCAUAGUCAUGCACGAGAUUCUACACAUACUGGGCUUCUUCCACGAACAAAAUCGACUGGACCGUGACCUUUACGUGGACAUCAACGAGACCAACAUUGCCAAAGCACGCGACUUCGACAUUCGGAACGAGACAGAAAUUGAUGAUUUAGGUAAGUGGCCGCCUGAACCUGAUACAAAAAGGCAUGCUGGGGCCCCUGAACAUGUUAGAGUAGAUAUGAUUGGCACAUCGCACUAAUAGGGUAGACAAGAUUGGGCUCCUGAACAUGAUAGAGUAGAUAUGAUUGGCACAUCGCACUAAUAGGGUAGACAAGAUUGGGCUCCUAAACCAGGUAGUGUUUUCAUGCAGAUAAAACACUGGAGCGUCUGAACCUUAUGUUGUUGGUUUCCAGGCAAAAAAAAUAAAAAAAUUACAAAAACAAAUCUGGUUCCACCUGAUAAGAACUGCCAAGACUGCUAUCAAGCUCUUGUUCCACACCUACAGAAACACGUUACCGCUCUAUGAGUUACACAUGUAUUGUAUGAGUUACACAUGUAUUGUAUGAGUUACACAUGUAUUGUAUGAGUUACACAUGUAUUGUAUGAGUUACACAUGUAUUGUAUGAGUUACACAUGUAUUGUAUGAGUUACACAUGUAUUGUCAUUGACUGCACAAUUCCUUCGCUUGGUGCGGGCUUUUUGUUUUAUCGACUUACGUUAUACUUGUGGGUAUACCACUUUAAACAAAACAACAGUAGAAAGCAAAGUCACGCCAUAAAGUUACAUUUUGAAUUUCAAUUGAUUACGUCAGAAGAACUUUAAAAAACCAACAUAUUAGUAUGCGUGGCUCAGUUCAAUCCAUAUGUUAGCUUACCUCCUUACUAGUUUUCACGCAGCAAUAAGAAAGAAAAAAAACCCCUCGUGUUGUGUUACAACGCAUUCUUUCUGAGCAAGAAGACUCUCCCAAACCAAACACGACAACAAGACACUAACAAGACUCUUAUUGUUAUUCCCCAAACCCAGGGGUGCCAUACGAUUUGGACUCCAUAAUGCACUAUGGAGCUUACCACUUUGCCCAAGAUUAUGGCUAUCCGGUGAUGUCACCCAAACCAGAAUACGCCCCUGGACAGAGGCUGGGCCAACGCGUGGCUCUCACCGCUCGUGACGUUCUUAAAAUCCAAAGACUCUACGGGUGUCCAGAAGACACCACACACGUCCGCUCGGACCUCGACGACAAACUGAUCAUGUUUUGCGACUUUGCCUUUGGGACCUGCAAUUUCACGCACACGAACCCAAACGAUGCCGCGGACAGCGCUGAACGUACUUCCAAUACAGGCCACGAUGCAUUAGCGGCCAAAGAUCUUAAAUGGACGGUAAAGCUUGGCCCCGUUGACAACGGCCCCUGGUCGGGUUAUUCCAACGGAAUCGACCCGUUUUUGUUUGCCGCGAAGGGCGAGGACGAUGGUCAGACAGUCGCUGUAACGUCCAUCACGACACCCGCACUGAACACGCAGGAAGCCGGCGGAAUCUGCAUCUCUUUACAGCUCUACCAACAAGGUCCGUCCAGCUUCUAUUCCCUUUACAUCCUGGGUCCGUCCAUACCCAGACAGCCACUGCGCAUCUACCAGGGUAUAAGCCGUUACGGUUGGCUGAAAGACGAGGUCAAGGUCAGCCUGGUUCCGAACUUGGACUUUCAAAUUGAGUUCGUCGCCACCUUGCACGAAGGAUCCGUGUCUAUCGACGAUUUCUUUGUGUUCAAGCACGAGUGUCUCAACGUGAGUUAGACAUAACGCUUCUUGUAAAGACAGCCUUGGGUUUAACGGUUGCGUGUGUGGGGGAGGGGCGGAGGUGUAUCGGCAAGACCACAGCUCCUCUACACUCGGAACUUUCAUGCUGAGAUAAAGGCGUCCAACAUCACUACACGCCCACCAUCAUAAACAAAGCCAGGGACCACACAACACUCCAGUAUGGGCCACUAAAAAAUAAAUAACGCAGGCCUCCAACAGUUACAGUGGAUGAUGCGCAUCCUCGAUAGAGCAAUCUCCACCGAGACGCCGUCACGGUGACUUGUGACAGACAUGAUGACGUUUUGACUUUCCAAAGUGGUUUUUUUUUUUCUCCAGAAAAUCAAGUGCUGUAACAAUAAAAAGUUAAGACUAAGAUUGUAACUACAAAAGUUAAACCAAAUGUUGUAACAAUAAAAGCUUAAACUAAGAGUAUCUCCCCCCACAAAUAAAUAAAAAUAUAUCUAUGUAUAUAUAUUGUUUUUUGUUACCACAAAAAACAUUCAUAUUUCCAG